AUGAGUUCACCACUCAAAUACGAUCAUCAUGUCGGGGAGGACAGGCACGUCGUACGAGACGAUGCUUCGGCGGAAGAAGUAGGAGUGGUCAAACAGCAGGAAGUUUACGCAUUUGAUGAGUCGCGCAAGAUUGGCGUUACCGGCGCGGUCUUCCUCAUUCUAAAUAAGAUGAUCGGUACCGGUAUCUUCUCAACUCCCUCCGGAAUCUUCCAGUCGACUGGCUCCGUCGGCGUCGCUCUCAUGCUAUGGGUCAUCGGUGGUGUCCUGACCUUCUGCGGUAUGAGCGUCUUCCUCGAAUUCGGCCUCGCCAUCCCUCGAUCCGGCGGCGAAAAGAAUUACCUCGAGCGCGCCUACAAGCACCCCAAGUACCUAGCGACCUGCGUGCUCGCUUCGCAGAUGAUUCUCCUCGGCUUCUCGUCCGGAAACUCCCUUGCCUUCGGCCGAUACGUCUUAUUCGCAUCGGGAUCCGAGUCGCCGGAUGGUUGGACCGCCCGCGGCAUUGGUAUUGCCGGCGCCACCUUCGCCGUCGGCAUCCACGCUAUUACGCCUAAAUGGGGUAUCCGGCUGUUCAAUGUCUUGGGCGUCUUCAAGGUCAUUGUCUUACUCUUCAUCGUCUUCUCCGGGUUCGCUGCUUUGGCUGGUCGACGCCGCGUGCCAGACCCCCACAACUUUGACAAUGCUUUCCGAAUCGAAGAGGGAGAAGGCUACGGCAACGGUGGUGUCUAUGGAUACGCGACAGCUCUGCUUCGCAUCAUUUACAGUUACAAGGGUUGGGAGAAUGCCAACUACGUUGUGGGCGAGUUGAAGAACCCGCGCAAGACUCUGGCUAUUGCUGCACCUCUGGCCAUCGGCGGCGUGACGAUUCUCUACGUCCUUGCAAAUGUUGCGUAUUUUGCCGCCAUCCCCAAGACCGAGCUCGCCACGUCCGAAGUCAUUGUUGCAGGUGUCUUCUUUCGCAAUGUCUUUGGUAACAGUGCCGGUGCCAGAGCUCUUCCAGCGUUCGUCGCCAUCAGCAACUUGGGAAAUGUGCUUGCCGUCAGUUUCGCCCAUGCUCGCCUGAACCAAGAGUUGGCAAAGGAAGGCCUCUUGCCAUUCAGCACCUUCUGGGCAUCCAACAAGCCAUUCAAUGCUCCGGCAGCAGCCCUUUUCCUCCAUUGGAUCGUCACUGUCAUUGUUCUCGUUGCCCCCCCUGCAGGACCAGCUUACAACUUCAUUACAGAUCUUUACACGUAUGUCUUAUAUCCCGGCGCAUGGAUCAACGCAUUUGUUGGGAUUGGUCUCCUUUACCUCCAAUGGAACAAGAGAGAGAACUGGACAUCACCUUGGCACACCUACUUCCCCAUCACUAUCCUCUACGUCCUGGCCAAUGUAUUCCUCUGCAUCGUUCCCUUCAUCCCACCUACGGGAUCGUGGACUGCAGAAGGUUACCCGUACUACGUCUUCCCAAUUGUUGGAGUGGGCGUGCUCCUUCUUGGCGGUGUAUACUGGGGUUUCUGGACCAAGAUCUUCCCCGCUAUUGGUGGCUAUAAAGUCGUGGCGGAGAGGACGUAUGACGAGGAAGGUCACGAGGUCAUUCGAUACCGUAAGGUCAGCACGAAGCUUGGCCACUCAGGGCCGAUCGAUUGA